UUGAUUUUGAACUGUCCCUUUAAAGCUUAAAGUAAUAACUUUUAUUUUCUUCACAAUUUGGCGGGACUGAGUCCAACCAAACAUCAUUAGCUCAAUUUUCAUGCAAUUGUACUUGACAUUUAAAUCAAAAUCGUUAAUAGCCUUUGUCCUAUUAUUUAUCUUCAGUUGCACAUGUACAGUUUAGUUUUUUUAGUCAAAGCUGCUUAAAAUAUUUUGUACACCAUUGUAUUGCACAUUGCAUAUUGUGUAUAUUUGUCAUUUAUAGUUAUAUUUUUUCUAUUAUAUUUUGUUAUACUCUUAUUUGUGAUCCUAUUGUAUGUACACUGUACUCUUUGCACUACAUUUCCCAAUGCUGCAGGGUGUAAUUUGAAUUUCUCCUACGGGGGAUUAUUAAAGGUAUAUCUUAUCUGAUCUUACUCACUUACAUUUGUACUAUAUAAUGAUAGCUGACUUACUCAAAAACAACAACACACAAUGUUUUUUCUUUCGUCUCUGACUUGUCUUGAACUUGAACUGUCUUCAAGCUGUCUUGAGCUGUUCUCAACCAAGUCCAUUUAUGUUUUUAAGAUUGUUUAUUUCUGUAAAGUAACUUUCUCCUUUAAACCAAAACCACUGAUGAAGCGCGCUUGUUCAGAAAAUUGCGGGUAAUUGCGCUUGCAAUCAUAUGCCUGGCUGCCAAAAGUCAUCUCAUUGGCGAUGGCAAAAGACUGGUCCAAAGACAUUUGCACUUGGUCUUGACUCUGUCUCGACUAGUCCUGGUCCUGGACUUAUCUUGGACUCUACAAAGGUGGUCUUGACUACAGCACUGAUUACAUCACUAGUACUGCUGUUAAACUAGCUAACUAGCUUAGUUAAAAAAAAGCUUAAAUGUACACAAAGAAUACAGAGUACAGCUGCGGCUGAUGGAAACGCCAUUAGUAAUUCAAGUGUUUAACCACUAGACACAGAAACGUAGUUACCUGGAUGUAACUCCAGUUCUAUGAGUAUGUGUGUAGCCUUCUAACGAGUUUUACUAUUUACCCCUGAAGAGGCUCUGCCUUGGCACCUGAGGAAACAAUUUUGCAUUCAAACAGGUUGUAGUAUCUUCCCCCCAGUAAAGCCCCAGUGCAUGAGUUGCUUGUCUCCCUGUGGAACUCAACAACAACUAGGGCCAACUGGGCUUGUGAUUAGAGGUUAAACCCUAGGCGGAGGCUGUAGGGAUGUGAUGUACUCCUAGUUGGGCCUGAACCAACAUUUGUCCAGAUCUUGCCAAAAAAUCCAGAAAACCAUGGAAAGCAUUCCAGUGUCCAAACAACGCCCACCUACAAGCCUCGGGUGGAAAAAAGCCCUCAGGCAUGCCGCUGUGGUAAUUUCGGGAACAGAGUUGGCUCGUCAGCUCCACAGAGAAAUCCAGCGUGAUGUGGAAGAGCUGGUAGCUCAGGGCAACAUGAGACCCCACCUAGGAGUGGUCUUAGUCGGGGACGAUCCGGCCAGCCGCACCUAUGUUAAGAACAAGACCCGGGCAGCCAGCAUCCUGGGUAUUUCCAGUGACACAGUGGUUCGGCCUAGCUCGGUGUCCCAGGAGGAGUUGCUGGAGCUGAUCGACAAGAUGAAUCGUGACUGGAGGGUCAGCGGCCUGUUGGUGCAGCUGCCGCUUCCCGAGCACAUCAAUGAGCGAGCAGUAUGUAAUGCCAUUGCUCCAGAGAAGGAUGUGGAUGGCUUCCAUAUUGUGAAUAUCGGUAAGCUGUGUCUGGACCAGAGAUCCAUGGUGCCUGCCACACCUGCAGCUGUCUGGGAGAUCAUCAAAAGAGCAGGUAUUGAAACAGUGGGAAAGAAUGUGCUGGUUGCUGGCCGCUCCAAAAAUGUUGGAAUGCCCAUCGCAAUGUUGCUGCACACCGAUCGCAACCAUGAACGCCCUGGGGGUGAUGCUACAGUGACCAUUGCCCACAGAUGUACACCGAAGGAACAGCUGAAGGAGCUAACCAGCCUCGCUGACAUCAUUAUUGCAGCUGCAGGUGUUCCUGGGCUGAUCACAGCAGAUAUGGUAAAAGAGGGCGCAGCAGUUAUCGACGUGGGCAUAAACCGCAUCAAGGACCCAAAAACGGGGAAACUCCGGCUCAUCGGUGACGUGGACUUUGAGGGAGUGAAGGAGAAGGCAGGUUUCAUCACACCUGUCCCUGGAGGCGUUGGGCCGAUGACAGUCGCCAUGCUGAUGAAGAACACUGUGACUGCUGCCAGAAACGCACUGAUGCAUUAAACGCACACAUUAUAAAGCUUUUAGUUUUACUGAAUGGUAUACAGUACAAACAGUGUAUGCAUACAUACACAUAUGCACAUGCAUUCAUUUAGAUUUCACACACACACACACACACACACACACACACACACACACACACACACACACACACACACACACACGCCUCACUUUUAUUUAACAAUCCAUGAUCUCAAGACUCCACACCUGCUGGAAAACUUACUUGACAUGUAGGCUACUUUGUUUAUAUUGUGAAUUUGUUGAUUUAUUUAUUUAAGUUAUUUAUUUCAGAGUUCACUUUUUAAGAAUUUAGAUUAAUAUUUUUUCUACUGAAGUUGUUGUUUUGGUUCAUUUUUGAACAUCCAGAUCAACUGGAAAAUGAGUAUUAAAUAAAAAAACACUGCUGUGCCAAUAA